UCUUCAGUUCUGCAAAUAUAAUUCUCUCUGUAAACUCUCUCUUCAUAAUAACACACGAACACACACAUCAUAUCUCAUAUGGUACGCUCCAAGAAAUUCCGAGGCGUCAGGCAGCGUCAGUGGGGCUCCUGGGUUUCUGAAAUCCGCCACCCUUUACUGAAGAGGAGGGUGUGGUUGGGGACAUUUGAGACAGCAGAGGCAGCAGCAAAGGCGUAUGACCAGGCAGCAAUACUAAUGAAUGGACAAAACGCCAAGACCAAUUUCCCAACAGUGAAAACUACUACUACUACUACUACUAGUAGUAAUAAUACUAAUAGUGGUGAUGAGUCUCAUGACUUGUCUCCAAAGGCAUUUUCAGACCUUCUAAAUGCUAAGCUUAGGAGGUGUUGCAAAGACAUUUCUCCUUCACUUACUUGCCUCAAACUUGACAGCGAUAAUUCCCACAUCGGAGUUUGGCAGAAGCGAGCCGGUUCGACUCGACCUGGUUCGAGUAACUGGGUCAUGAGAGUUGAGCUUGGAAAUAAGAAGACAGAAUUAGUGGAGGCAGGAGCAAUAUCAACAUCAUCAUCAACAUCUUCAAUGGAGAGUACUGAAGAAGAAGAAGGAGAAGAGGAGGCUGCAGGUAAUAAUAUUGGUGUGGAUAAUCUUGAAGAGGAUAGAGUUGCUUUGCAAAUGAUAGAAGAGCUACUUAAUUGGAAUUAAUUAAUCAUGUAAUUAAGUCAAAAUUUAUUAAUAAUUGGCUAUAUAUAUGCAUAUGUGUCCUAGUACUUAUAGCUCACCUAAGAGUGGGGUUUACUCAUAAAGCAAAAAUUAAUGGAUAUAUAUAUAUAUAUGUAUGUAUGUAUUAUGGUUUUGUCCAAUCAAGCCCAUAUAUAGUUGUUUACAACUUUUGAAUUGUCCAAUCAAAUCAUGAAAGGAUUUUGAUUGGUCAUUGUGAAAAUUGUACAUACCCUACUAAUAAAUCCAAAGUAGACAGCCUAUGGUUCAAGGCAAAUAUGUAUGGAGUUUCAGCACAAGGUGACUUUCUGUUGUGUAUAUAUAUAUA